AAGUAAACAAAUAACUUAAAAAAUAUUACAGAAAAUGUCUAUUUCUAGUAAACAAGCUGUCGAAUAUGAUAACACCUACGGUGCUCACAACUACCAUCCUCUUCCUGUGGUAUUUUCUGAAGCCAAGGGUAUCUGGGUGUGGGAUCCUGAGGGAAAGAAAUACAUGGAUUUCUUAUCUGCCUAUUCAGCCGUCAAUCAAGGUCAUUGUCAUCCCAAGAUUGUCAAAGCCUUGUGUGAUCAAGCACAAAAAUUAACCUUGUCUUCCCGUGCCUUCUACAAUGACGUCUAUGGUCAAUACACAAAGUACAUGCAUGACUUCUUUGGUUAUGAUAUGGUCUUACCCAUGAACACCGGUGCUGAGGCCGUAGAGACUGCCAUCAAAUUGGCCCGUCGUUGGGGUUAUGAUAAGAAGGGUAUUCCAGAAAACGAAGCCAUCGUGCUUGGCUGUGAAAACAAUUUCCAUGGACGUACAGUGGGUAUCAUCUCCAUGUCCAGUGAUCCUGAAUCCUUUGUCGGUUUCGGCCCUUAUUUACCUUUGGUCGGUCCUGUAGUUGGAAACACAACCAUCCGUUACAACCAUAUUGAGGAUUUGGAAGCUGUCCUGGAAAAGGUCGGUAAGAAUGUGGCAGGAUUCUUGGUAGAACCUAUCCAAGGAGAGGCUGGUAUUGUGGUACCUGAUGAAGGUUAUUUAAAGAAAUGUUACGAAUUAUGCAAGAAACACAAUGUUUUGUUUAUUGCUGACGAAAUUCAAACGGGUCUUGGUCGUACUGGUAAGAUGCUUUGUGUCGAUCAUGAUGAUGUUCGCCCUGAUGUUGUACUCCUGGGAAAGGCUCUUUCAGGAGGUGUUUAUCCGGUUUCUGCCGUCCUCGCCGAUAAAGAGAUCAUGUUAACAAUCAAACCUGGUAGUCAUGGUUCAACCUAUGGUGGUAACCCCAUUGGUGCCGCUGUUGCUAUGGCAGCUUUACAGGUUCUCAAGGAUGAAAAGUUGGUAGAGAACGCUCAAGUCCUGGGAGAAAAGUUUAGAAAAGCAUUAAUUGAUCUGAACAGUCCCCUUAUCAAGACAGUUCGUGGCCGUGGUUUAUUGAACGCGAUUGUGAUUGACGAAUCAAAGUCUGAAAGAAGUGCCUGGGAACUUUGCUUGUUACUCAAAUCAAGGGGAUUAUUAGCUAAACCUACUCAUGUGAACAUUAUUCGUUUAGCUCCUCCUCUCUGUAUUACCGAGGAAGAACUCAUGGACGGCGUCGAAAUUAUCCGUAGUGCAUUGGAAGAUAUCGUGACCAUGAGUGCAUCCGAUAUUCCCAACGAGCUUGGUGUUUAAAACAAAUAAUGUCUCACAAAAAAAAAUGAUAAUAAUAAAGGGUUUAUUCUAAUUCUUAA